UUCUUAAUGACAACUGGCACUACUGGCAGUUUUGACACACCUAUGCAGUUAUGAUUCAUUUUUGAGAUAAACAAUAGGGUGAAUUUAUUUUUCUUUUAGUCAGAUUUAGUAAUAAACUAAGCUCGUUUAGUAGUGUAUUUACUACCGAUUUACGUUUUAUUUUGUAUAUAGCUAAGUCUCAAUUAAAAAUGAUGACUGACCGCUUCGGUUUAAAAUGGGACCCGAAAAACUUAGAGAUAAGAACCAUGUCUGUGGAAAAGACAUUGGAACCCCUAGUGCUUCAAGUUACCACCCUCGUCAAUACCAAGGGGCCUAGCAAAAAGAAGAAAGGAAAGUCUAAACGUGCCAAUGCUCUGGUUAGUACUGUUGAAAAAGCCACCGAAAACUUCAUAGAAAAGGGGGAGCAGAUAGCCUAUGAGAAUCCAGAUAUUACUGAGGAAAUGCUGGCAGCUGUUGACGAAGUCAAGAAAACGGGACAUGCUAUGAGCGGAGCUGCAAGAGAAUUUUCAGAAGACCCAUGUUCUUCUUUAAAAAGAGGAAAUAUGGUUAGGGCUGCUAGAAAUCUUUUAUCGGCUGUAACUCGUCUUUUAAUUCUAGCGGACAUGGUUGAUGUCCACCUUUUGCUCAAAUCCUUACAUGUAGUUGAGGAUGACCUCGAAAAACUAAAAAAUGCUUCAAGCAAUGGCGAACUUUUAGACAAUAUUAAAGCCUUUGGUCAAAAUGCCAACGAAUUAAUGAAUCAGGCUGCUAAAAGGCAGCAAGAACUGAAAGAUCCACAACUUCGUGAUGAUCUAGCAGCUGCUAGAGCUGUACUUAAGAAACAUUCCACUAUGUUAUUAACUGCCUCUAAGGUUUAUGUACGUCAUCCAGAGCUAGCAGCUGCCAAAGCAAAUAGAGAUUAUGUCUUGAAACAAGUUUGUGAAGCUGUGAAUACCAUUAAUGAUGUAGCUCAGGGAAGAACUCCUCAACCUGCUUCUGGACCAUAUGAUGGACCUGGAGAGUUGGCUGCUGCUUUGGAUGAUUUUGAUGAUCACAUGGUAAUGGAGCCUCUAGCAUACAAUGAAGUUCAUACCAGGCCUUCAUUGGAAGAACGUCUAGAAAGCAUUAUAAGUGGUGCAGCUCUUAUGGCAGAUUCUAGUUGUACUAGGGAUGAAAGAAGGGAAAGGAUAGUUGCAGAGUGUAAUGCUGUAAGACAAGCUUUGCAAGACUUGUUGACUGAAUAUAUGACAAAUAUGGGCAAUAAAGAUAAAAGUGAGAGCCUAAUACGAGCAAUCGACAAUAUGGGUAGAAAGACUAAGGAUUUAAGAAGACAACUGAGAAAAGCUGUUGUAGAUCAUGUAUCUGACAGUUUCUUGGAAACCAACGUACCUCUUCUCGUUUUAAUAAAGGCAGCUCAAAAUGGCAACGAAAAGGAGGUAGAAGAAUAUGCAGUUGUAUUUACUGAACAUUCCAAUAAGUUAGUAGAAGUUGCUAACCUUGUCUGCAGCAUGUCUAAUAAUGAAGAUGGUGUCAAAAUGGUUAGAUAUGCUGCUGCUCAGAUCGACAAUCUGUGUCCUGAAGUAAUAAAUGCAGCUAGAAUUUUAGCCGCUAGACCUCGCAGUAAAGUUGCUCAAGAAAAUAUGGACGCAUUCAAGCAAUCAUGGGAGAAUCAAGUGAGACUUCUGACUGAAGCAGUCGAUGACAUUACUACUAUCGACGACUUUUUGGCUGUUUCUGAAAACCAUAUUCUGGAAGAUGUUAAUAAAUGUGUACUUGCCUUGCAAGAAGGUGAUUCUGACACAUUGGAUCGCACUGCCAGUGGUAUAAGAGGAAGAUCCAAUAGGGUGUGCAAUGUAGUAACAGCUGAAAUGGAUAAUUACGAACCUUGCAUUUAUACCAAACGUGUUCUUGAAGCCGUCAAAGUAUUGAAUGAUCAAGUGAUGCCCAAGUUUACUCAAAGAGUGCAAGUUGCAGUUCAAGCUUUGGGAAAUAGUCCUCCCAAAGAAGUGGAUGAAAACGAUUUUAUCGAUGCUUCUAGACUUGUUUACGAUGGAGUGAGAGAAAUAAGAAGAGCCGUUCUAAUGAAUAGAGCCGAUGAAGAUUUAGAUCCAGAAGAUGUCGAAUUGGAUGAAAACUAUCUAAUAGAAACAAGAAGCAAAUCGAGCGCUCACACAGGCGAACAUGGAGUUGAUGAGUAUCCAGAUAUUAGUGGAAUUACAACGGCUAGGGAAGCUAUGGGUAAAAUGCCGGAAGAAGAUAAACAGAAGAUUUUGCAACAGGUUGAGUUCUUCAGGAGUGAAAAACUCAAGUUUGACCGUGAGGUCGCUAAAUGGGACGACACUGGCAACGAUAUUAUCGUUCUUGCUAAGCACAUGUGUAUGAUUAUGAUGGAAAUGACAGAUUUUACCAGGGGUCGUGGCCCUCUAAAAACCACUAUGGACGUUAUUAAUGCGGCUAAAAAGAUUUCCGAAGCUGGAACCAAAUUAGAUAAACUUACUCGCCAAAUAGCUGAACAGUGCCCAGAGAGUUCCACCAAAAAAGAUUUGUUGGCUUAUUUGCAACGUAUUGCUCUUUACUGCCACCAGAUGAACAUUACAUCAAAGGUUAAAGCCGAUGUUCAAAACAUCAGUGGAGAACUUAUUGUAUCUGGGUUGGACAGUGCUACUUCUUUGAUUCAAGCUGCUAAGAACUUGAUGAAUGCUGUAGUUCUCACAGUAAAAGCUUCAUAUGUGGCAUCCACCAAAUACCCAAGACAAGGAACUAUUGCAUCGCCGAUUGUUGUCUGGAAGAUGAAAGCGCCAGAGAAGAAGCCGUUAGUCAGACCAGAGAAACCCGAAGAAGUUCGUGCCAAAGUACGCAAAGGCUCACAAAAGAAAGUUCAAAAUCCAAUUCACGCUCUUUCUGAAUUCCAAAGCCCAACUGAGUCUGUGUAAACGUAAACCUUUAUCCAUUAAUAUAUUAACCAGAUGUUAACUAUUAUUUGCCUGAUUAUUCUGUGACAUUUUCUAUGUACCUAUAGAUUCGUAUUAAUAUAAAGUCUGAUUAGAGGCAUGUUCAAGUUCAUUUAACAUUUGAACAGUACAUAGUAAGUCCGUAGUUUCAUCAAGUGUUAAAUACAGUGUGUUCUAACGAAAAUAUGACCCCCUCCCAGAAACUGAGAAACCAAGAGUUUCUUCACAAUUUAAAAAUCACGUCAAUUUGUAUUGGAAGAGGGACGAAUGUUCAUGCAAAAUUCAUGCCCUCAGAUGUAACCCCCUACUGCCCCCCAGUUUUUUAAAAUAGCAAGUGUUGUCGAGUUGCACAUCAUUUGAAAGGUAUUUUUUUUCUCUACACGACCAGCUAUUUUUUUUAUUUGCGGAAUAACUUAAAAGACAAUUUUGGAUUUAACUAAUUUAUAAUACAUUUGUUAAGUCCAGAAUUAUCUUCAAACUUAUUACUUAAUUAAAAAAAAUAGAGUGGCAUGUAGAGAAAAAAAAUUACCUUUCAAAUGGUGUGCCUUGCUAUUAAAAAAAGCUGGGGGUUGAUGCGGGGCAGUAGGGGGUUACAUUUGAGGGCAUGAAGUUUGCAUGAAAAUUCGUCCCCUUCCUAUUAUAAAUUGACGUGUUUUUUAAAUUUUGAAGAAGCUCUUGGUUUCUGAGUUUCUGGGGGGGGGGGGGGGGUCAAAUUUUCGUUGGAACAGACUAUAUAAGAAUAUGCCCGAGAGGUCGACAAACGAUAUAACAACUGCAAGUUGACACAUUUCUAACUUGAAAAAUGAUUAGUUAUUUUGUAUAGCUCGUAUAAAGACUAGUGUAUUGCCAAAUAUACACCCCGGUAAUAUUUUAUAUUUAUUUAUAAAAUCGUUAAUCAUAAUAAAUAUCACUGAUUUUUACAAAAAAUACGCAAUAUUGGUUAGAACAAUCAAGUUUUUAAUAUUCCAAAACAAUAUCGCACCUCCGCUCAAAUAGUUGUCAUAACUCAAAAAAUUUUAAAAUCGGUUUGAUUGCACCAACAGUUUAAUAAAACUAUAAACUCGUAUCUUACAAAGUGUCACGUCUAUGGGUCAAGUAUUUAUCGUUAGAUGACACUAGUGUCAUUAUACGAUUAGCCAAAAUCAACGACGCACCGAACACAAACAGUGACACAUAUCGACUUGUGCAAGGCAUUUGCACAUCGAAGAUGUGUAUUAAGCAUCGUUUGUCGAGUUACAGUAUAUGUGAUUAAUUUAUUCAAAACAAUCUGCGUAUGUGCUCAACAUUUAUCACUUAUUUAUCUUUCAUUUUGCAGUAUUUUGUGUUUAAUGUUGUUACUUGUAUUUAAAGUUACAUCAUUAAAAGGUAUAAGUCUGUUAACCAGACAAUAAUAAUAUUAUAUUCUGUACUGCAAGUGUCACUUUUGAUAAAUAAUAUUUCGUAAAUUUUUCGUUAUUUUAUCUGUAUAGUGUCACAACUCAAAAAGAAAAUGAUUUUUUUAAAUAUUUUUAAUAUACUUAAUACGCUAUUUUAUACAGCUUCAAAAACCAUUGCAACUGACUAAAAUAGUUAUUCUAAUUUUAAUAGUUUUUGAAUUAAACCCGAAAAUGUUGUAGGACAAACUUUAAACGUCGUUUUCUCGAAACUUUUCAUUUUUGACUUAUGACACUCUUUGAACGGAAGUGCGAUAUGUCGGACAUGCGCCAAGAAGUUUUUCGUUACAUUUGACCGUGUUGCCAGUUUCAACCUUUAAAAGAUCUAAAAAUUUAAUGAAAAUUACUUAAGUUAAACAGAUGGAUGCAAUCCUAAUAACUUGGUGGGUAUGGAUAUAACGAUGCGACAGCGGUAAAGAAUGCAUGCAUCCUCUUCUUCCGAUCAGAAAAUCUUCUUUUGAAGUAAAAUUUUUCAAGAUAACCCACAAAAUGGUCUUUCCUUAUUCCAUACUUGGGAAUGGUGGUCCAAAUUUCCCUCCAGAGUCCAAAGCCAAAUCCGUGGCUUUAAAUGUAAGAAAGUUGCCAAGAUAAUUAUUUCCUUUACUGGCAGUUUACUCGCUUCCAAGAAGGUCCCUUUCUUUUUCGUGUCCUAAACUAUUUUCAGUUGUUUUGCGUAAUCAGCAUUCGCCUAUUCGCCAAUCCAAAGGUUUUUUUGAGAAGAUGAAAAAUCGGAUUUUGGAGGUAAUGUUACUAUUAUUAGUAAAUUGAGCCAUAUGCUGGCGCUCUUAUAUAAAAUAUAAACAUUUCUAAUAUCUUCAAAAUGAUCUGUUGUUCAAAUGUUCACAAAAUAUUUAUUUAUAUACCCCUGUUUAAAUUUAAUCAAAACUUUCACAAGUCGUAGUCAGGUAGUCACUAGUGAGUGAGAGUAGUGAGUUAGUGACUGAACUCGGUCCUAAUUAUUCUGAUAUUGUAUCACUUGGUUUUAUUUAUUUUUUUUUUGAAACAGUAGUUGAUACUUUUGUUGAUUUUUCUUUUAAGACCGAAGCAGGUGCUUUAAAUUGCGUUUCUUAUAAUAAAAUAUAAACAUUUUUAAUAUCUUCAAAAUGAUCUGUUGUUCAAAAGUUCACAAAAUAUUUAUUUAUAUACCCCUGUUUUAAUUUAAUCAAAACUUUUACAAGUCGUAGUCAGGUAGUCACUAGUGAGUGAGAGUAGUGAGUUAGUGACUGAACUCGGUCCUAAUUAUUCUGAUAUUGUAUCACUUGGUUUUAUUUAUUUUUUUUUUGAAACAGUAGUUGAUACUAAUGUAAUCGAGGAGCAGUAAAUAAAUAACAAGAUGGCUCUAGGUUGUCGUUAAACACUUUAUUACAUUUAUGUAAAAACAAACGUUGACUACCAUCUAAUAUCUAACUAAGGUUAAGUCUAUCUUCUAUAAAACAUAGCCGCACCCAUUUGUGCGGGAACCAGUGUGUCCAACGGCUGUCACAUGCGUUAAGCCAAGUCUACAUGUGUUAAGCCGUGUCUACACUGUUUCUCACGAUACUACAGAUACUUUUGUUGAUUUUUCUUUUAAGACCGAAGCAGGUCCUUUAAAUUGCGUUUCUUAUAUAAAAUAUAAACAUUUUUAAUAUCUUCAAAAUGAUCUGUUGUUCAAAAGUUCACAAAAUAUUUAUUUAUAUACCCCUGUUUAAAUUUAAUCAAAACUUUCACAAGUCGUAGUCACUAGUGAGUGAGAGUAGUGAGUUAGUGACUGAACUCGGUCCUAAUUAUUCUGAUAUUGUAUCACUUGGUUUUAUUUUUGUUGAAACAGUAGUUGAUACUUUGGUUGAUUUUUCUUUUAAGACCGAAGCAGGUCCUUUAAAUUUAUAAUAGUCUUUGUCAAGGCUAUUAUACAUUUUUGAAGAGCCAAAACAACAAUAAUCGGCAUUUUUGAGGUAGGGCUGAAAUUCUCCGAUGGAUUGACUGGGAAACCACCCCUGGCGCCAUAAAUUUGCGAACGGCGACUACAAGGAACAGGAAAAAGGACGAGGUGCUGGAAUAAAUUAAAGAAAUGAAAACUGAACAUUAAUUAAACUCGGUGAAUACCUCAAAGAAAUGAGUGAACUAAGAGCAGAAAAUACGCAAAUGAAAGCAGAAAUUAAAGAAUUACGAGAAGAAAUGGAAACGCUAAGUAAACUAAAAUUUAAGGAGGCAGUGCCAAAGAGACAUAAAAUACAUUUUAGAAAGGAUUCAGGUGGUACACAUUAUUAACUCUUCCUUUAGAAAUUCGUGGCUUUAAAUGUAAUAAAGUUGCCGCCACCAAGAUAAUUAUUUCCUUUACUGGCAGUUUACUCGCUUCCAAAAAGGUCCCUUUCUUUGUCGAUAGAGUAAAGCCACAUCUUUCGGGUUUUUGCCUUUAGUGACAAUAGAACAUUUUAUCUAUUAUGUAACUGAAAUAUUAUAAAUAAAAUGAACAUUUUAUAUUUUUUGCUGUUGGAACUAUGGCACUUCUGGUUUUAAAGAUUCAUCAUCAACUUAUCAUACACUUUUGGGUUAUUAAGAUUGAUCCUGUAUCGUAUUAACACUUUUUCAAAAAGUAUUGAUUUUAUAAAUAAAUAUAAACUUUCACCACGCAAGAACUGCAAUAAGGUAUCACUAAAUACUCUUUUUAUUAUAGGCAAGUAACAAAUUGUUUCUGAGUUUUUUGAUCACUUUAAUAUAUGAAAUCUAGGUCUACAAUAUCCCUAUUAAAAACUAAAUGUUACUUUGUAAAUUUAUCGUUCUAUAUAUUAAGAGUAGGUAUUAUAAGUCAAAAAUGAAUAUUUUUUAUGCUCUCUGCUGAAAUAAUUAUUACAACUUACAACUAAAUAUCAAAAUGGUGAUGAAAUAUGAUCCAUAAUUGUAGUAAUUAACUAUUUUACUUUCUGUUUUGAUAAUUACAUAAUUUUUAAGUUCAAAAUAUAGAAGAAUGCAGAAAGGUCUUUAUUACGACUUAUACUCUUAGUAAAUAGCACGUUAGAGAUAUUAUACUAUAUAUUUGGCGACACCUAUUAUUUUAUACACCCCGUAGAUGCUAAACGCUAGUAGAUAGAACUAAUAUUCAAGUUGGAAAGACGAUUUUAGAUGCUUUACCCAAAAAUGGCAGUGGCCAGAUCCAGAUGCUAUGCAAACUUGAUUUCAGCUUUUAAGAGUGUUUUGACUAAAAAAUAAAAGUAAUGAAUCAUUAAAUUAAGGUGGAAAAGCACUAAAUACAUAAAAUACAAGUUUUCGUUAGUCGACUCCUUUAAACGGUUUUCCUUUUAGAAUUUACUAUAUGUAGACUUGUUGUUUUGGGGUAUACAUAUCAACAUUCUACACUAUAUUCAGUAUUUUUGUGUGCAACUAUUUCUAUGAGCAUAUGUGGUUUCAGAUUAGGUUGGUUUUUGUAGUUAGAGCUUUAUUUACAUUAUGUAUUUUAUUACUUACUCUUGAUACUGAAUAAAGCAUUUUGCUAUA